GUUCUGUGUCAGCAAUUACUGUUACUAAUAAUCUACUCUGUGUAAGUCACUGUGAUAGAUAUUGGGGAUUCAAAGAUCCCCAAUAAAACAUGAGCCUCCCUCCCUAUUAUUAGGGAAGAAAAGACAUGUGUCCACGAAGCUCUUACAUGAAGGAUUAAUUUAAUAGGUGCAAUGGAAAGGUCUAGGCUACAUGCCAUGUUAAAUUUGAGGAUGGAGAGAUUACAAGCAGCUGGACAUGUUGGCAAUUCUACAGGUGUGGCACUAGAAGUAGGGUUCCCUACUGAGAUCUGAACACCAGAAUGAAGUGACCUUGCUUCUGAACUCUUAGGCCUUGGAGACUUGGAAUCUAUCCUAAGUGGAGAAACCCUGACCUGAAACUUUCAGCCAAAGUGUCAGAGCAGAACCUAGAACAAGGUGCAUGUCCUGUUGUAUCUGUUGCCAGAACAAUUCCUGACCAUCCUGCAUAGCUUUGCAUUCUCAAGACUUGGCCCUUCCCCAACGGGAGAACACUGAGCAGGAGAGAAUGAACUCUGGCCUGCUGACUGCCAGAUCCCAGGAAUCAUUGACAUUCAGGGAUGUGGCUGUGGACUUUACCCAUGAAGAGUGGAGGCAAUUGGAUCCUGGUCAGAGAUAUCUGUAUAAGGAUGUAAUGCUGGAGAACUAUAGAAACCUGGUCUCAGUGGGACAUCAAGUUUGUAAACCAGAUUUGAUAUCCCAGCUGGAGCAAGGAAAAGAACCUUGGAUUGUAGAGAGAGAAAUCCCAAGAGGUACCUUUCCAGACUGGGAGAUCACACCUGAAACCAGGAAGUUAAUUCCAAAGCAGAACAUUUCUGAAGAGGAAUCAUCCCAGAAGGUAGAAGUGGAAAGAUUCACAAGGAAUAGUAUAUGUUAUUCUAAAUCACAUGAAACCUGGAGAUUUGAAGACCAGUUUGGCAUCCCACAAGAAAUAUAUGAGAAAUAUCUAAAACAAAUGACAGUUGCCCCAAAUAAAAUCCUACCUGGGAAGAAAAGCCCUGAAUGUAAUCAGUUUCAUCUGGACUCAAUCCCUGUUAUGGAGCAAAGUGUUCCCACUAAAGAGAGAUACCAUAAAUAUGAUAUAUGUGGGAAAACUUUUAAUUGUAAUUCAUGCUUAAUAAGUCAUCAGAAAGUAUGUAUACCAAAGAAGUCUUAUGAAUGUACUGAAUGUAGGAAAAUUUUCAGUAAGAGUGCACUGCUUAAAAAGCAUUCUAGAGUCCAUACUAAUGAGAAACCCUUUGAAUGUAAUAUCUGUGAAAAAGCUUUCAGAAAUACUACACUCCUUAUCCAACACCAGAGAAUCCAUACUGGAGAGAAACCUUAUAAAUGUAACGAAUGUGAAAAAGCUUUCAACCAAAAGACAGGUCUUAAUCGACAUAAAAGAAUUCACACUGGGGAAAAACCUUAUGAAUGCAAAGAAUGUGGGAAAACUUUCAGAUGGAGUACACAGCUAACUCAACAUCAGAGAAUUCAUACUGGAGAGAAACCCUAUAAAUGUAGUGAAUGUGAGAAAACUUUUAGUCAGAAGGCAGAAUGUAUUCAACAUGGGAGAAUUCAUACUGGAGAGAAACCCUAUAAAUGUAGCGAAUGUGGGAAAGCCUUCAGAUAUAGUACAAACCUAACUCAACAUCAGAGAAUUCAUACUGGAGAGAAACCCUAUGAAUGUAGUGAAUGCAGAAAAGCAUUUUCUGAUAGGUCAUCCUUUAACAAACAUGAAAGGAUUCAUACUGGUGAGAAGCCCUAUAAAUGUAGUAAGUGUGGGAAAGGCUUCAUUCGACGUGCAGACCUUACCCUCCAUUACAGAACUCAUACUGGUGAGAAACCUUAUGAAUGUAAUGAAUGUGGAAAAGCCUUCAGCUUGCGUGUACAUCUUACUCGACAUCAGAGAACCCAUACAAGAGAGAAACCUUAAAUAUGUAAUGAGUGUGGGAAUGUCUUCAAGCACAGGUCAUCCCUGGUCAAAUAUCGGAGACUUCAUAGUGAAGUAUGAUCCUAGGAAUUUAAUAAAUUAAAAAGUUUCAUUUGGAAUUGUCCCAUAUUCAAAUAGCUUGUGAAAAAUAGUACUAGCUAUGAUUUUGUUUGGUGUACUUGAAUGAGAAAUAUGCUGCUUCUUCCUCAUCCCU